UGUGCCUCUCACUAGUAAGAAGCUUUCUAUACAUCACUACAUGCCUCUGGUGGAUCGUAUUGUGGAACGCAUUCAUACAUGGAGUGCAAAGUUGUUGAGCCAUGCCGGUAGACUCCAAUUGAUCAGUAGCGUGACCUUUGCAGUGGCCAACUACUGGAUGCAAUGUCUGCCACUUCCCAAAAAGAUUGGAAUCGAGCCAACCUAACAAAACUGCUAUGGAAUAUUCACAAUAAGGCUGACAGCCUUUGGAUACGUUGGAUCCAUAGCUAUUAUAUCAAACAUGACCAGUUGAUGACUAUGCCGGUUAAGCCCUCAUGUUCUUGGAUUCUCAAAGCUAUCCUAAAACAAAGGGAGCUGCUCCCAAAUAUCCAAGGGUGGGAACAUGUGAAGGGGAAGACUAUCACUAGGAAAGUUUACAAGGUGUUGAGGGAGGACUACCCCUUAGUAGAUUGGAAAACAGUUAUGUACCAGAAUAUUGCUCGGCCUAGAGCAGUUUUCAUUUUUUGGUUGGCUUGUCACAGCAGAUUGGCAACAAAAGAUAGGCUCCUUAAAAUUGGCCUGACUGUGAACUUACAAUGCUGUUUUUGCACCCAAGAGGAAACCAUUAAUCAUCUAUUCUUUGGCUGCACUGAACUGAAACAUAUUUGGCAAAAAGUCCUUAGAUGGUUGCAGGUUGAUCAUGUCCCUAUGGAAUGGAGUGCUGAAUUGAAAUGGAUUACGAAACAUAGUAAAGGUAAAGGGUGGAAAGCACAACUCGUGAAGAGUGCAGCUGCUGAAACAAUUUAUGCCUUAUGGAAAUAUAGGAAUGAUGUUUGCUUUGGCAACAAAGUAUAUAAUACAAACAUAGAUGAUGACAUUAUCAAUACUAUAGUUUAUAGAGGUUGGAGGAAUGCUAAGCUUAGGGAGCACAUUGCUCAUUUGCUAAUCUAG